AAGGUCUGACGCCUGAUGAUUUAUUAAAACACAGAGUGCCUUCAGAUUAUUAAAUGAACAGGAUAAGGACCCGAGAACCUAAAUCACUCAGUUAUGGGUACACGCAGAGCCAUCAUUUCACACAAACAAACUAAAGACUUGGUAUAACUGGCCACAACUUAUAACUCCAUUUUUAUUACAUUUCUGCUGGUUUACUGAAAACAACACUGUAUUUUUAGAUGUAUUGCUUUUGGAUGAAGCUGUGAUAAUUAGAAACUAUCUGUGAGGAAUCUUCCGCACUUCCGUGAUACAGUCUGUUGAUUGAAGCUUUAUCUUCAAAACUGAUAUCUGUAAUAAUGCACUCAGUGAUCAGUUUAUUUUUACAACACGAAACGACGGGCCUGCCACAGAGAUUAUCUUUACAAAGCUCUAAAAUAUGAACAUCCGGCACUGUGUUUAUUACCGGUCUAUGACGGCAGGCAUCAUAAGAUUAAACUUUAAGGAAGCACAGCUACAAAUGUGAAGUGUCCCUAAUAAAGUUGAUACCUUACAACACUUACACCAGUAGUUACAAGUUAACUUUGAGCACAUGUUUGCUUAAAGGGCUGAACCUUCACUGAGUGUUAAAACUGUAAAAUAAUCUCGGCACAAGGUCCUUUGGGAUGAGAAAGUAGAGGCUGAAAAAAGCAAAAAACAAGGGGAAUGACUCGGGAAUAAACUUUUAAUCCCUAAAACAUCAUUCAUGGUUCCACAAGGAAGUGUUUUUAAAAGUUGCUUUUACAAUUGAACUCUUAAAAAGCAAAAUUAAACACACAAAAAGACUCAGAUUUUAACAGACUCAAAGGAUACAGAUGUCCACCAGCGUUGGAGGACGUGGGGCUUUAAUUUGUAGAAUUAGGUCGGCCUUUUUUUUUAUUAAUUCAGAGUAUAAGCUACAGAGAAUCAAUGAAUGGAUAGUAUGUUGUGAAGCUACACUGAGCUCCUGUGACUCUAAAGCAGCUCUGCGCCUUUAAAUCUGUGCGCUCCUCCCUCUCCUCAGUGACAAGCCUGCAGAGCCUCUUUAACGCAUCCAGUGGAAAUGACAAACCAGAGGCGCUCCACGGGCCAAGCAUGUCCAGUAAUAACAGUAAUCAUGGGCUUUAGCAUCAUCGGCUCAUCCGGCUCUCACAUCCCGAGAGAGUAACGAGGCUCAUUUGGGCCGUUUCGUCGCUCUGCGGACGCGUCAAAGUUGGAGCGAGCUCACCAAAUGGACGGUCGAUGGACUGGAGUCAAACCUCCGCUUCAAUCGGACUGAAGGAAGGAGGGAAAGAAACCUCUGCAUGUUCAAGUUUCCUGCUCCCACCGGAGGGGCAUCGCUGCGUGUGUGUUGGAUGUGUGUGCGCGCGUGUGGAAGUGUGUGUUGGGUGCGUUGCGCCCUCAGGAACAGCAGCAGGAGCAGCGGUGGCGGUGGUGGUGGUGGCCGCGGGAAGGGAAGUUUAGCGUCGUGAUUUUUUUUUUCUUUUUUUUCUUUUCUUUUCCUCUGUUCUGUUGUGUUGUUCUCAUGUCACAGCAGGCGACAGGAGGAUUAACGUUUCACUGAUGAGAAUUAAUCACCCGUGGGGAUGCUCUGUGAUCGUGACUAUGACGAUGAUGUCGAGUAAGAGCGUGGAGUGGCUGCAGGAGGAGCUGGAGUCCGGGGCCAGCUCUCUGCUGUUGCUGGACUGCAGACCCCAUGAGCUGUACGAGUCCUCGCACAUCGAGUCGGCCAUCAACCUGGCCAUCCCGGGCCUCAUGCUCCGGAGGCUGAAAAAGGGGAACCUCCCCAUUCGCUCCAUCAUCCCCAACAACGAGGACAAGGAGAAAUUUGUAAAGAGGUGCAAGACGGACGUGGUGGUGCUGUACGACGAGGCGACCUCGGAGCGGCAGGAGUCCGGGCUGGGAAGCUCCGUGCUUGGGCUGCUCCUGCAGAAGCUCCGGGACGACGGGUGCAAGGCUUUUUAUCUAGAGGGUGGCUUCAACAAGUUCCAGUCAGAGUACCCAGAGCACUGCGAGACCAAUUUGGACUGCUCCUGUCCCAGCAGCUCCCCACCAGCCUCCGUCCUCGGUCUCGGAGGGCUCCGCAUCAGUUCCGACUGCUCAGAUGGGGAAUCGGACCGCGAGCCGGGCAGCGCCACAGAGUCGGAGGGCAGUCCGCUCCCCAACAACCAGCCUGCGUUCCCCGUCCAGAUCCUGCCCUACCUUUACCUGGGCUGUGCCAAAGACUCCACCAACCUGGAUGUGCUCAGCAAGUACAAUAUCAAGUACAUCCUGAACGUGACGCCCAACCUGCCCAACAUGUUUGAACACGAAGGGGACUUCAAGUACAAACAGAUUCCCAUCUCCGAUCACUGGAGCCAAAACCUCUCUCAGUUUUUCCCUGAGGCCAUUUCUUUCAUAGACGAGGCGCGCUCCAAAAAGUGCGGCAUACUGGUCCACUGCCUGGCCGGGAUCAGCCGCUCCGUCACCGUCACCGUGGCUUACCUGAUGCAGAAGCUCAACCUGUCGCUCAACGACGCCUACGACUUUGUGAAGCGGAAAAAGUCAAACAUUUCCCCGAACUUCAACUUCAUGGGCCAGCUCCUUGACUUUGAGCGGACGCUGGGUCUCAACAGCCCCUGCGACAACCACUCGAACUCGCCGACGCACGACCAGCUCUUCUUCACCACCCCGACCAAUCACAACGUGUUUCAGCUGGACACCCUAGAAUCCACAUGAAAAUGAGGGUCUCAGUUUCAUGUGGAUUGCCCCCAUUGCAACAUACGAGGAUUUGGGGUGGGGGGCAUGGUGGUAUUGUUACCAUGUCAGCAAGUGGCUGCACUGCAGGAGAGCAGCCAGUUUUAAUGAAUGUUUUAGCCUCCUGAGGCUCGUUGUCCGAGAGCCUGACCACGGAGCAGCGUUGACGUGACAGGAGGAGUCACGGAUGCCACGUUAAAGGAGGUUUUUUUUUUUUUCAACCCAGAGAAGGAUGCUGUGGGUUAACAAAGCCGUUCUCCCUUAUCAGCUCGUAAACGAAGAACAAGGGAGGUUUAACUUGACUGAGAAACUAAAUGAUCGCAGCAGGACAGACAGCUUCAUACAAAGAUAGGAACACAGAAAAUCUUUAGCGCUUGAUUUAUAAGAUGACUGCAUCCUCCUUGUCUCGGCUCUCGAGCCGAGGUGACUGGUGCCAAGUGGAAAAGCUGGGAUUUGCUCAUAGGAAAUCUCGCUCUACUGAAUGUAGAGUUUUUAAAAACCAAGGAAUUAACUCACACACACACGAUAUAAACACAGUAUGUAUGUUUGUACUGUAUGUAUGUUAACGUACAUAGCAGAAAAUGUAUGGGCAGUCCUUAACAAAUUCAGUAUGUCUAUAUGCAUUUUUGUAUAUUUUUAUGUACAUUUACGCACAGAUCUAUACCUUAUAUAAAUAUAUAUAUAUAUAUAAAUAUAUAUAUGAAUACAUAGAAAUCUUAUCUUUGUCCAAAAAUUAAUCCAAUCCAAUAAUGGCUUAAGAGAUUGUAAAAUUAAAGUGGAAUGGGUUUUUAGGUGUUUUUUUUUAAGUUUUGUUUUUUCUUUAGGUUUAUGACCUAAUGCAGUUUGCACAGUGGUGUAGCCAUUGACUUUGUUGGCCUGUGCUGGAAGCAGUCAGAUAAAGAGACAUUCAGAGAAGAGGAGUGGAGAGGUCAGUCCCAGGCUGCGACGAGUCCUGACAGCUGCACGGCUCAGCGGGGAGGGAGCAAAAACUGGGCCCUGAGCAGAGGAGCAGGGAUAGGGGUUAAAACAAGCAGCGGGCUGGAAGUAGGGCAUGGGGUUAGGAACUGAUUCACGGCUGGAGAUGGGAGAAAUUACUCCUGCGUGUUUGACACUUGGCCAACUGUUUUCGAGCGCGUUUCCCACUUCCUUCUUCCUUCCCCAUAUGACUGUUCAUCCAGUUGUUUCAGUCAGCUGUUCUGAAGAUUUUAAUCAUUUGUUUCGUUUCGGUCAAAAAGUCGGUUUCGGUCAAACUUCCUCAGUUAUUGAUUUCAUCACCACAGUUGUUCCACCAGCACGUUUUGCCAAAAAGGGUUACUCGGUUAGAGGUUACGGAUCGGGGACAGGAAGUCAGUAUUAACAUUUCUGGGUCACUGAGGUACUUUUUGGGCAGAUCAAAUGUAUAACCUGCACCCCAAAGUUUUGUUGGCCUACAUCAACUUCUUGUGUGUUUCAGGACCCGGGGGCGGCAGGUUUACCUUGGUCUCUGUGUUUGGAUUCUGGUCUGGUUGACUGGGACUGGCUUCCGCUAGACUUCACUUACUUCAGCAGUUUCACGUCCCUUAACAGAAUUGGAGGAAAUUGAGAGGAAAGGUCUUUCUAAAAACUAAAAAAAAGAAGGGAUCACUCGUUUUUGUCAAAGACAGCUGUGUCUGAGUUGAUUCACCCCUAAGCCUUGGGUAUAUUAUUAUAUGAAAGCUAUAUUAAACACAAAUGAAUAUCCUACAUAGAGCGAAUAUUAAACAGAUCUUUAUUAUUUUGUAUACCAGAGCAUGCUGUGGUGCCGUAUGCUCUGUAACAGUAGACUCAACCACGGGUUGGACGUUACUUUACCAGGUGGAAAGACAAAUAAUGAGGACCGUUUUAUUUAACUGCUGUUGCUGCUGAACGCAGCGGCGCACAGCAUGUAGUCAAAGCGUUUUCUGAGACGGCGUCCGCAUCUGUAGCACUUCAGCAAACUCGCGGGGAUUUUUGAGAAAGACUCCAAACAACACCGCGCUAAUUGGACUUGUAGGUACACUGGGCCUCAUGAAAGAACAUUUUCUUCUUCGUCUUCUUCGUGCAUGAACGUGUUAUAAUUGCACAGCUGAGCCUGAUGUACACCACCUGUUAAUCAGAAAGUCUGCUCCUUAAGUUGAAACCCCCAAAGUUUACUUUUCUGUUCCAGCUUUCAUGCUCAAAAAUGUUCCUAGCAGAGGGUCACGCUGCGGAGAUUAAAGUCUUGCUGUCGGAAAUCAGCGGACAAAAAAACAUAACAAAUAUAGCAAUGUCCGUAAUUACAAUCACUGGGAAAAAAGAAGAGAAAUAACUUGCUAUUUGCAGCUGUAAUCAGAGAGCUGUAUGCUCCCAAAAAAACAAAAACACCCUGCUAAAGCAAAGCAGUCCAGGUGGUGUUCUGUGCCAGGUGUAACAGGGGAUAUGUUUAGCUCGACAGGGACUAGUGUAAAGAUGCUGAGGCAGCUGUUGUUAGGAAACAGUGACCCCAAAAAGCUGGAGGUCACGUUCAUAGUUUUGCUCAUGCAUUGAACAGAAUUCUGAUUUUACAAAAGUAGAAAUGUUGUGAAACCUCAUAAUCUGCAAACUGGUUGUUUUUCAUAUUCUAUUUAACGAAACGAAAAAUGAAAAGAUGAGAUAUGUGUCCAGCUUUAGGGGUAAGUGGUAGAUGCUGAGGUUUGUUAUCGAUCGAGCACGCUGUCGGGUUAGAGUUAGAGAUCUCAUACAAGCGGUUUUUGCACGAGGUCCAGUGUUCACAGCAAACUGCGGAAAUUAGCAUUCAAAGUCGGGAUGUGGACGUUUGUCUAAACAGAAACCACGAACGGGGUUUUCUGCGAGCACAGCAGGGGAAUCUGAAGAGGGUUGGUUUUAGCUGGCCUUAUAUAAUCUUUCUAACUUGUUUCUAAUGCUGACUGUUCAAUACUCUUUGUAUCUCACUUUGGAAAACAAAAAAAAAACAUUGUGUAGAGAAAAGAAGAAAAAGUUUGUUAUCUGUUAUUGGAAUAAGAGCACGGUAAUAACAGACUACAAGCUGUCUUUUUGCCGUAACGGGUCACACGAGGUCCUCUUUGUUACUCUGCAAUAUAUCAAAACACCUUUUUUUGCAGUAUUUUGUAGAUCCAAGACCUCAACAUUUUUAAAUUCUCUUCUUUUUGUACUAUAUCUAUUCUAUAUAAUUCCACAAGAUCCAGCUCGAUUUAUGGCUUAUGGACUGAAGUAACAUUUCUCCUGGGGUGUACAAAAUAUAGGGCCAGUGUGUCCAGUACAAACCUGAAAGACUCGCACAUUUAAAGACACACACACACACACACAUAUACACAGACUGCUCCACACAGACAGAGCUGUGGUUCAGCAUGCCAGUUAUGUUCACAGUAGGUCCUUACGCCAACCUGGCUUGAAUAACUACGGUGAUUAAGGUGUUUUUCCUUCUUGGUUUUGAUAUAAUGUGCUCUAUGCUAUUCCUGUGGCCUUUCAAUAUGAAUAUACUGUAUAUGUCACAAUAUAUAUAUAUAUAUAUAUCUAUAUAUAUAUAUAUAGAUAUAUAUAUUUGAGUUUAUAUGCAAAAGUUCCCACAUACAAUAGGAAAAACACAGACUUGAUCACCCUGGGAUUGAAAUAUAUUUCAGAACAGAGCUUUUCUAUUUAAAAAGAAACGAUUGACUUCAAGCUGCUUUCUUGUGAUUUUUUUCUUUCUUUCUUCCGUGUGCGUGUGUGUGUGUCUUUGUAACAAUGAAAGAGAAAUUAAGUGUUUUUCUCUGUUUGUAAAUUUGCCAGAUCACGGGAACGGCCGUUUCUGUGUCCUUAAACUUGUAGCUACAUCUUGGUGAGAUUGUGCUCUGGAGAGAAAGGUGUGAAUGAGCAAGAGGAGGCGAGGAGUGAGGCGUGAAAUACAAAGCGAAAGAAAAAGUGAAUGAUUUAAAAAUGUUACCUCAGUGAGGAAAUUUUCAGGGAUUUUUUUGACAAUGCAUCUUGCAUCGUGUUACAGCUUCAAAGUCACGUUGAAUAGCUGUUUUGUAUUGUGCUGUAAACAGUUUUUUUUUAAAAAAAGAUGCAAUCUGUCUGUGUAUAAAAAGAAGGGGCGUGUUAACUGGGGCAGUUUCACCUUUCUGUCUACUGAAGGUAAUGCGAUUGACCCCACGUAUUGUACAGUAUAUUGAAUCAACACAAGACAUGUUUAUACCGCAAAUAAAUAUUGAAAUAUUUUUUUUCUU